AUGUUAACCAAAAUUGUUGACAAUAUUAAUAAACUCGGAAAUUUUAUUUAAGUAGUAAAAAUGGGAAAGGAUGGGGGGCAGUCUUUCUGGAGGUCGGUCAAUCUAUACUUACGAUUUUAAAAUAUGUUUGUAAGAAAACUGUAAGUGUCUCAUUUUAAAGAAAUGGCCGAAUGCCUUACGAAACGUCAGCUUGUAUGUAGAAUAAACGAAGUAGAUAAAUGUUUGGAUAAAUUGGAAGAAAAAUAUUUCAGAUUAAAAAAAGAAAAAUUAGAUAUAGAACAACUUUUAAAAGAAACAAUAUGUCAACAACAUGCAGCUAAGAAGAAAGCGAUUUGCUUAGCAAAGAAAAACAAACAACUUGAAAGAGAGUUGGCCGAUAUUAAUGAAAUGGCCCUUUUGGUUAAAGCAGAAUGCAAUAAUGCGAUAAGGAAUAGUGUUGAAAAAAUUAACAGAUUGCAAGCAAGAGCACAUGAAAUUGCAUUGCAAAGUGAAUAUCUUAAAUUGGAAGCAGCUGAUUUACGGUGUGAAAAAGAACAGCUAUUAAUUAAACUGAAGUGUUUUCAGGAUACAAAAUCACAAUUGCAGAGUGCAUUAGAAACUGCACUUGAUGAGAAAUGUCAAAUGUGUAAAAGAAUACAGGAAUUGGAAACAUGUGAACAGAAUUAUAAAAUGGAAAUCGAUCGUUUGGUUCGAUUAUCUGUUAACCAAAGACGUGCACUGUGUGAGAAUGACUCUUCACCAAAUAAUUCUCAAAAUGUACCGAUCACUUUGGAACCCAAAGAACAAGGAGAACCCAUCAAAAAGUCUACACAACCUAAAGAACCCCUCAAGAAGCCCGUACAACUGAAAGAUCUCGUCGGAAAACCCAUACAACCUAGAGAAUUCAAUGGAAAACCCAUACAACCCAAAGAACUUAUCGGACAGCCCACACAACCUAAUAAACAUACCGAAGAACAAAAGUGUUCCGGAACAUCGUCAGAGCCACCUCCUCCAGAACCUAUAAGAGUAUUACUAACAGGAGCUACUGGACGCAUAUCCAACAAUCUGCUGCCCAUGAUAGCAAAAGGGGAUGUAUUUGGUCCUGAACAAACUUUAAUGAUCCACCUUUUUGAUAUACCCGACAAGAAACAACAACUUCAAAGUUUAGUAAUGGAGUUUCUUGAUUGUGCCUACCCAUUAGUCCAAUGUGUGUUUUGUACCGACGAACUUGAAGAUGCUUGCAAGGAUGUAACUGCAGCUUUCCUCGUUGGUGCUAAGAGUCAGAGCCCAGGGAUGGAUGUAAGAGAUCUUCUACCAGAAAAUGCACCCAUAUUUAAAGCUCAAGGAGAAGCAUUAGAUAAAAACGCAAAGAAGGAUGUGAAAGUUCUCGUUGUGGGAGAUCCUGUUAAUACCAAUGCCCUAAUUUGUUCAAAAUUUGCUCCUUCUAUCCCAAAAGAAAAUUUCUCUUCUUUAAACAGGCUGGACCAGAACAGGGCCUCAGUACAAAUAGCAUGUAAAGCAAAUGUGCCUGUUAGUCAAAUUAAUAACGUCAUCAUUUGGGGAAAUCAUUCGUCCACACAGGUUCCAGACGUAACCCAAGCUAAAAUUAACUCACUACCAGUUGAAGAUGUUAUAAAAGACCAAACGUGGAUUACAAAUGAAUUUGUUCCAACGAUCCAACAAAGAACAAAUAUACUUUUGGAAGCUAAAGGGGAAUCGGCUGCAAUGUCGACAGCUAAAGCUGCUGCUGAUCAAAUGAAUAACUGGUUCAAGGGGACUGAGAGUGGAAAGUUUGUGUCGAUGGGCGUCAUGAGUGAUGGAUCAUAUUGUGUGCCAAAAGAUUUGAUAUUCUCCUUCCCUGUGGAAAUUAAAGAUGGGAAGUGGUUUAUUGUGCAAGGACUUACUGUUAAGGAUGAAAUAAAGAAAAUGAUGGAUGCAAGUAGAAGAGAGUUAGAAGAGGAUAGAGACGCUGCUUUUAAAAUAUUAGGGAACUAAUGUGCAAGCUAAGAGUUCUUUAACAUACGUUAAGUAUUAUAAAACAGAAUAAAUUAAUAAAUCAAAAAUACGUGAUUUCAAAA